UGUAAUCAAGAAUUGCAAAAAUUUGACGCGCAAUGAAAUAUUCAAUCAUUCACAUUUCAUUGCGAUAGGGGUUCAAAUUAUCCUUAUGUCCACAAGCAUGGUCUUUUCAAGUAUUGCCAAGCGACGCAGGGACAUAAUGUUGCGCGUGCUGGGAGUUCGACUGUUGUCGAGGCUGCUGGUCCUUGUCUGUUCGCUCUCAUUGCUGUCACUCCUCUUCCUCAGUCGCUGUGGCUUCAAUAAUCUCGACACGGACCUCAUUGACACUGCUGGUCCUGUUACAGCUGCAAAUUUAAUAGAAGCAAAUUUAAGGGAAGAAGAAACUAGACUCGAGGUUGAGAGGCUUACAGCUGAAAUUCGAACAUUAAAGCUGCAGAUCUUGCAGCUUACUGGAGGACCACCCGGACAUAGUGAAACGUCUUCAUUAAUAAAUGCCAGCGAUGUGGGUGAUUGUUUGGCAGCACGUCGACAAGUUGAAUUUGCAGAGAUCACUCAGGGUCUUCCACUAAACAACGAAUAUGAAUUAAUAGCAUUCAAUCAUUUUACAUUCUCAAGACUUUAUCCAGUCGAUUUAGGUCUAGGCAAACGUGUUGUUGAAAAACCAAUUGGAUUUAAAAGAAAAGAUUUACUUGAGGCUCUUACCAAAGCAAUGGAUGCAUUAAAUAAAAAUGUAUCAUCGCUUUCAUUAAGGUAUACAUUGGAAGAUUUCUUAGAAGGUCUCUAUAGAAUUGAGCCAACUACAGGAACUCAAUAUGAGAUGUACUUUAGGACAAAGAACUUAAAUAAAAGUGCUGCACAAGUAACACCUUCGGGAUAUACUAAAAUUACCUUAAUGAGGCCUUACGCACCUAUUCAAUUUGUCUCAACUGAGAGGCAACAUGCCAAGGAAAAGGAACUGAUUCAUAUAAUUCUACCACUUUCUGGUAGAACAAGUACCUUUCAAAGUUUUAUGGACAAAUUUGUGAAGAUUGGUCUCAAAAAUGAUAGAAGAGUACAUUUAACGGUUGUUUAUUUUGGUACUGAAGGCUUAUCAGAAGCUAGAGCUAUUAUGUCAAGGAUUUUAAUGACUCGUGGUAGUGGUGGGACAAAUCAAAAUUUGCGACUUUUGGCAUUAAAUGAAACUUUCUCAAGGGGCAAAGGAUUAAGGGUUGGUGCUGAAAGAGCCUGGGAAGGAGAGGGAGAUGUUCUUUUGUUCAUGUGUGAUGUCGAUGUUGUAUUUAGUGCCAGAUUUUUGGACAGGUGUCGAUGGAAUACGGCUCCAGGUCGAAAGGUCUAUUAUCCCAUUGUCUUUAGUCUAUAUAAUCCUCACGUUGUGUACACACUUCAGGGUCGCGAAGUGCCGCCUGAAACUGAUCAAUUGGUUAUAUCAAGAGACACCGGAUUUUGGAGGGAUUUCGGAUACGGGAUGACAUGUCAAUACAGAUCUGAUUUUCUAAGGGUAAGAGGAUUUGACGAGGAUAUUGUCGGAUGGGGUGGAGAAGAUGUCACUUUAUAUCGAAAAUACGUUAAGAGCAACAUCAAGGUCAUUAGAGCUACAGAUCCGGGGAUUUUUCAUAUUUGGCAUCCAAAGGUUUGCUCGGGUGGACCUGGUCAACGAUUAUCAACAGAUCAAUAUCGAGCUUGUAUUCGUUCACGAGCAUUAAAUGAGGCCUCACAUGCUCAAUUAGGCUUUUUAGCAUUUCGUGAAGACAUUGCCAGUCAGUCUUUAAAUCUAAAAUCGUCUUCGACAAAAAAAAAGAAGCCACCAUUAAAAAAGGAGAAGAAAAAAUUGCCAAAGCAGCAGCACACUAAAAUGCAAACUCAAGUGAAAGAGAAAACAGUGGGUAGGACAUCCAAGGAUCAAACUUGAUCCCCUAAAGCCGAUCGCCAAGAAUUUUGACUGUAAAUAUUCUGUAUAAAGAAAGAAAAGAAUCCUUUAAACCUGCAAAGUGUUAUCUUUAUUCGAUGGUUAUUUUCAAGGAAUAUAUCAGUUCCGAAAGUAUCGAAAAAAACUUAAUAGAACCUUUAUGAAACAAUAACAGUCCAAGGGAGUAUUUUACGUUUGUGGAUGAAAUGAAAAAUCUAGUCCUUUGCACGAAAUAACAAUAAUAUAGCUGCAAAAGUAACUUUUCAGAAAAAAAAAUUAAAUGCUUAAGAAAUAUUAAGACCGGUGUCAAAUAAAUCCUGUGCCUUCAGUUUUAGCCAAUUUGUUCAUAUAGAUUUUGAAUAGAUAAUUUUAUUUCAAAAUUUCAUGUUUAUAAUUUCUAUUUUUUUUAAUUUACAAUAGCUAAAUUUUUAUUUUAAUUACUUAGAUGAUUAAUGUAAAGAAAAAUUAUAUUCAACGAAAAUAUCUUGUUCCUAGGACACGGUCUUAAUUAAACAUUUAAAUGAAAAGAAAUUUUUUAAACUAGAAUUUAGACUGUCACAAAUUCCAUUUUUAAUUUUACUUUUCUAAAAUUAAAAAAUUUCUAUUUUUAUAAUUAUUGUGCAUUUAUAAU